UGCAAUCCGCUCCCCUCGGCGGCCCGGCGCGGCAUUCAUUCAGAACGAAAUAUGGCGUCGGAGGAUGCGAACGCGCCGAAGUGUGAUCUUGAAGGCGAUGGCUGUGUCCGUUUGUCUUCGAUCCUUCAAGCCUUCGGUGCGCCCAUCCGCGAGGAGCAGGCCUGGGCCGUGUGCUACCAGACUUCUAAGUGCAUGUGCAAAGAGUGGACGGCGGACAACCGCGGAUGUUAUUGCCUGACAGACACCAGUCAGCUCAGGAUCCACAAGGAUGGGAGCGUACACAGCUCCACGGUGCGCGAAUUGGGUCCGGCGUCCACACGACCCAUUGCCACAAGCGAGUACAAGCUCGUGUGCAGCCUUGGCCUGGUACUGUUCCACGCGCUCGAAUAUGGGCUCCGACCGGACGAAGAGCACGUUCUGAGCCGCCCCUUCGAGAUGCUCCUGGACCGCAUGACGUCCGCCGACCCCGAGGCGAGCUCCGACGCCGAGCUGAGCUCGGACGACGACUCGGGCGAGGAGGACUGCCACGACGAAGGCAUCGAGAAGGACUCCGGCGAGGACGACCCGGGCGGCGGCGACGGUGGGGCGGGCAAAUCCCCGCACCGGGCGGGCCUGACGCUCGCCAAGGUGCUGGAGAUGUGCGCUUCCCACCUUCAAAACCCAACACAGGCUGAUUUACACUACAAGGCUGUUUGCCGUGCCCUAGUUGCAGAAGCUGUUGAGCUAUCAACAUUCCUACAAAAAAUAUCUAGUGGAACCAAAGAUUUUAUCAAGUGUCAUCGCACUGACCCAGAUACCUCAGAUCUUGAUGGCUUACAGUUUCAGGACUGGGCCAUGCUGUGGAUGCAGGUUAUUCGAGAACUUCGACAGGGUGUCAAAUUAAAGAAGGUUGAUGUUGAAACACACCUGCACCCUGUGGAGUAUGAGCUGACGCCUUACGAGAUGUUGCUGGAUGACAUCCGUUCACAGAGGUACAAGCUAAACAAAGUCAUGGUUAAUGGUGAUCUCCCACCUCGAGUAAAGAAAGAUGCCCACGCUUUAAUAUUGGAAUUUAUCCGCUCUAGGCCUCCACUGUUUCCUGUUUCAAGGCGAAAACUGAACCCUGCACCUCGGCGGGAAACAUCGGUACACGACAGGCUGAUGGCAGACAUACGGCAACCACAGAUGCUUCGACCAGUCAGGAAAAGGGGCAGUUCAAGCAAUUCUGGGCGUCGGGCCGCCCAAACCUCAGCCUGCUCGAUGUUGUUGCACCCCAGUGGCGCGCUGCUGUCCAUGGCCCGCAGUCUUCGGCGAGUCAUGGUGACACCGAGGCCUAUUCGCGCCGUUGUCUGCAUGCUGUCCGGAAUCGGCCGCAUUGGCGGCCGCCUGGGACGUAACGGAAAUCUGGCUCGGGCUCGCACCCGUGCAAUACCAGCGCUGCCAGACUGGCCCAUCUUCCGGAAGUGGCGCAACCCCAGUUCCUCGGUACAGCGGCGGAAGUUUCUUCCGUGGCACCGUGCGCUGUCCCGCUCUCCAAUGAGGUCCGCGGACGUCGCCGAGGGGCCUCCCGCCGCCGCCGCCGCCGCGUCCUCCUCCUCUCCGCCGCAGGGAGCGCAACGGGAGCGGCGCGAUCGCGCCGGCGACGCAGACGUGCGCCAGCCGCGGUACAGCGAGGUGCGCGCGUGUAGCCCCGACAGCAGCACUUGGUCGCUGUGGGCGGAGAUGAAGGAGCGCGGCGUCGAGUCGGACGAGGACGUCGGCCUCGGGCUCGACUUCGAAGAGGACGAUGACGAGUUCCGCAAGUGCAUCGAAGAUGACGUUCCAGUGGAGACAUCACGGACAAAACUGGAAGACACAGAUUCUACGCCCCAGCCUCGGAGGCGCCUCAUUAUGGCUGACAUCUCCCUCCACCUUUCUUCAAGCUUUGAUGAGGAUGACUUGGACGAAACUCCCACUUCUCCUGUGCCAGAGCAGCCUCAGUCAUUGCCCGUGCAGUUUCGCCGAACACCCCAACGGCCUACAAAACUGCAGUGGCAGCACAAGCAUGGAAGUGGAGAUAACCCCGAUGUCCCAACAACAGCAUUGUUGAAGCACAAGCUAGAGCGUCGACAUAGCAUCACUGUGUGUGAAUCACCAUCGAGGGCACCAUAUCGCAUAGCUCAGGAAAUGGUCCGACGCCCUGACAAAUUGGCACUUAAUGCACGUCAAGAGUCUGGGAAGGAAAACUGGACCACGACACAGUGGGAGAAUUCGAUGGAGUGUUUGUCCUUGACCCUGGAAGAAGUUGUUCACAUACGUAAUGUUCUAACAAAGGCAGAACUGGAGUCUCUUCUUGCCAAUAGGCCCCUUUAUGAAGAUGUUGAGAAGCGAAAAGUUUGCUUCACCUGCAAAAAGACAAAGUUCUCCUUCUUCAGACCAUGGGGAGUCAAGUGCAAGCUGUGCGAGAGAAAAAUCUGUGACAAAUGUUCUACCAAGAUGCACAUUCCAACAGACAGGUUUGACCGUAUACCUGUGUACAUGCUGUGCCCAACUGUAACAGAAGAGGAGUCACCAAAUCAUUCUCCACUUCCAGUGGCUUUUCAGUUUACCAGCGGGUCCGCACCAUCAUCCCCCAUUCUGAACAGGCCUGCCAGCGCCGCCUUCAAUACCAAGCUCAAUGUGACUGUCUAUGCACCACCAAGUACCGCACCACCACGGCCAAGGGUUCCCAAGCUUCGCCAUGCAUCCUCUGUGUGUAGUCCAAAAAUUGGCAGUUCGGAAGAUGUAGCAGACCAGGAGGCACUUACUCGCAGAGCACCUCUGCUACGUUCUCGCACUUUCCAGCACAAGGCCAGCUCUCCUCAAGAAGAGCGGUUGCGCGGCCCGCUUAUGACUGUCUGCCGGGACUGCAAGGGGAUGAUAAGGCAGAUCAUUCUGGCUAGCAGGACCGACAUGGCCAAGUCACAACGGAAGGCGUGCAAGCCGCCCUUGUGCGUCGUUUGUAAAAACUGAGAGCAGCAAAAGUUAUUCAGAGCCUGCAGAGAAAAAUGCAGUGCAAGGGGCACUGUUUUCUUUUUCUUUUGUGAAUAGUUCCUUUGCAGAUAAAGCAAUAGAAGUGUGA